CUACGUUGAAUCAGUAAAACAUCACGAUCGCGUUUAAAGCCGAUACAUCCGACGGAGCGUCAUUUCGAAUAUGCGCAUACGAAUCGAAUUUUUCGGAGCAUCCAGUGAGUUGCUGCUAUGUGUACACCGUGGGCAGAGUAUAGUAUACACGUAGCAAGCAUCUAGUACGAACGGUGUCCCGCGUCAGCUCCCAAGUUUUUUCCCAUCGCGAAGGAGUUACAAAAAAGCAAAUCGCGAAUUAUAAUACGUGCAUCCGAUGGUGCACACGUGUGUGCGAGCGAGCGCUACGAAUCUAAAUGAAAAAAAAAAAAAAAAAAAAGCUCUUGCUCGCGUGUGUUUGGUAUAGUUUUGCUAUGUGUGUAUAUAUGCACACGCCUGCGAUGAACUUGUCGUUUUCCCAUCGCGGCGAUCGAAAAUGAAUUCGGAUGCCGGUGGUGGUGGUGACGAGUUCAUCGGCAACGCGAUCGGUCGACCGAGUGCCACGGACUAAUCGCUCCGCUCCUACAAUUUUUCGUGAAAACUCGUGACAAGCAAAGUUUCGUCUUUUUUCAUUUGGUGCCCGGUAUCUAUUGGUCUCCCGUUGGCUCCGAUCGGACGUAGCCAUGGCCGAGCAAGUAGUCCUGGAGAUGAGCGAAGCGAACGGCCGGCCGGCCGAUUCAGUGGCUAUAGACAUCGCGGGGGAGGAGUCGCGGGGAGUCGAUCUGGAGCCUGAGGAGCCAUCCGCAGUGGCGGUGGUAAUUGAACGGAUGACCGAAGUUCCUACCAACGGCAAAGACAUGUCCAACUAUGCAGAUGUGGUUCAGUCUGCGAGGGAAACUUUUUAUGGAGGAAAAACUCGUCCACUGGAAUUCAGAAUCAAACAACUUAAAUUACUGCAAAAAAUGUUGGCCGAACAUCGAGCCGAGUGGAACGCAGCAUUAAACGCAGAUUUGCGAAGAAGUAAAUUUGAAAAUUCGGUCCUUGAGAUUGAUUACACCAUCAAUGAGAUCAAACAUAUGCUGAUGCACAUUAAGGAGUGGUCUGCUCCAGAAAGACCACAUAAAACGUUUGUUAAUAUGUUGGAUGGUGUUGUUAUACACAAAGAGCCAUAUGGUGUCGUCUUGGUGAUUGGUGCUUGGAACUAUCCUUUGCAGUUGACAAUUGCGCCGUUUAUGGGAGCAAUUGCUGCUGGAAACUGUGUGAUACUAAAACCAUCUGAAGUGUCAGUAGCAACUGCUAAAUUAAUAAGCGAACUUGUUCCAAAGUAUUUAGAUAACGAAUGCUACAAGGUUGUUUGUGGUGGUGUAAAUGAAACCAGUGAGUUAUUAAAACAAAAAUUUGAUUAUAUUUUUUAUACUGGUUCAACAACAGUGGGACGCAUUGUACGUGAUGCGGCAAAUAAAUUUCUUACUCCGGUGACGUUAGAACUUGGUGGAAAAAGCCCUGUCUACAUUGAUAAUACUGCAGAUAUUAAUAUUACAACCAAACGAGUUUUGUGGGGAAAAUUUAUCAACGUUGGUCAAACUUGCAUAGCACCUGACUACAUAAUGUGUACAACAGAAGUCCAAAGUGCAUUUAUUAAGGAAGCAAAAAAAGUUUUAAAAGAAUGGUAUGGCGAUAAUCCACAACAGAGUCCAGAUCUUUGUCGGAUUGUGAGCGAUAAGCAUUAUCAACGUUUGGUAAACUUUUUAUCCAAUGGAGAGGUAGCAUUAGGAGGACAAGUUGAUUCUGCUGAUAAAUACAUUGCACCAACAAUUCUUGUGAAUGUUAGGCCCACCGAUCCAGUUAUGAAAGAAGAGAUUUUUGGACCAAUACUACCUAUUAUAACUGUCAGUAAUGCUUAUGAAGCAAUAAAGUUUAUCAAUGAGCGUGAUAAACCUUUAGCCCUCUAUCUCUUUGGUUCCGAUAUGGAUGAGCUUAAUCUGAUAAUAAAUGAUACAUCUAGUGGCAAUAUUUUGGUUAACGACACUAUGUUGCACGCGCUAGUUGAUACUUUGCCGUUUGGUGGUAUUGGAGCCUCAGGAAUGGGCGCCUAUCACGGAAAACUUUCGUACGACACGUUCGUUCAUCCGAAGGGCUGCCUAAUUAAAAAUUUUAACAUCAUCGGAGAAACGUUGGCAUCUUCCCGGUACCCUCCGUACUCGGAUGGAAAAUUAAAAUUCCUGUCACUGUUGAUGGCCAAGAGGCCCGACAUUCCAGGAAUAAAAUAUCUGCCGCAUCUGAUAAUGUUUGGCUUAGGCGUUGCUGUCACUCUGGGCCUCAAAACUUUUCUGAAGGGAACUUCUUACGCCGAUGAGCCGUGAUAUCUCAGUUGGGAUUGUACUCACAUUCCACACAGUACACCAAAUAAAAAAAAAAUAUAUAUAUAUUUUUAUGGAAGCAAGACAAAUAAGUUUUCUGAAAAAUUUUCAACGAACGUUGGUCAUUAAUUGUUAUCUGAGAGCACCCAAGUCUUAUUAGUCUUUCACUCGAUCUACAAUCUAAUAAAUACCAUAUUUAUGUGA